AUGCAAUCCCCCGGCACUACGCCUCUCAAAAUGUUCUCUUUUUCCCACCUCGGCUACAGCUCGAGCCUCAUCUCGUCAUUGCGUCAGCACUGCCAACGGGAGUCGAACCGUUGUCUUUCGAGCCACUUGUUUUUCCUUAGCCUUCUCUCCCAACAGGCAUUCUUAUCCCCGAUCGACACGACUGGACUGCAGAUUCGGGACGCCAAACGGGACUCGAAUCCGGGCUCUGCCAUCUUCACUUUCGACAUGCUCUGCAGUGCCACGUCUGCCAACGGGUCACGGGACAGAGGCGACUUCGAAGACAUUUACUUUCGGGAGCAGUCGUCCUGCCAGCUACACUCUAAAGUCCCGAAAAGGAGGGGUUUUGCCCUACCAUUCCUCCAAGCUACGACUUAA